CUUGAUUCAAACAGUGCACAACUUCCCCAACAAGGGGUAGCUCCAAGAGCAUCAUGCGCCUUCUAUCCAUCCCAUCCCUCCCAUUCGUUUUAGUCUACUGGUUCAUCCUCCUUCCCCUAGUCAUGAGCGUCAAACAGGAAGAUUUCAAGCUCUGUUCCCAGUCGUCAUUCUGUCGUCGUCUCCGUUCUAUCGGUACGAAGCAAGCUACUUCACCUGCUCAUUUUCGAUCUCCUUACGCCGUCGGAAAAGAUAUAGAGAUUUCCAACUCCCCGGAAGCGUCUUGGGCUUGGCCAUUGAAGAGCGCCCUUUACCCCGAGAUCAGCUUCGAGUUACGGAUAGAUGUGUUAGAAGGGGAUGUGGUCAGGAUUCGAGCGGACGAAGUGAGAAGUAAGACGCCUUUCAGGAGAUACAACGAGAGUGCAAAGUGGGCUCUUUUAACGGAAGACCUACUCAUGGCAAGAACUGCCAGUAUCAAACAUACACCGGAGAAAAGCAUAAUCAAAUACGGAAAGGACGGAAAAUUAGUUCUGGAAGUGCAGCACAAACCAUUCAAGAUCAUACAGUCGAGAGAAGGUAAGCCUAUGGUGAUCAUGAAUGAACGAGGACUAUUCCAUAUGGAACACUUCAGAGUCAAAGAGGUUGAGGCUGGUCAAGAGCUGUUAAGUGAAGGAGAGCAAAUGGUCAUUCAGAACGACAACAGUUGGUUCGAGGAAAGCGACAAGGAUAUGUUUGAGGAGACUUGGAAGAAGUGGACUGAUUCGAAACCUAAAGGCCCCGAGGCUCUAUCCAUCGACCUCACUUUCCCCGGAGUUCAGCAUGUUUUCGGUCUCCCAGAACACGCUUCACCCCUUUCUCUCCCAGACACCAUAGGCACGGAUGCUCAAUACUCUGAGCCAUAUCGAUUGUUCAACGUAGACAUCUUUGAAUACCUUGCUGAUUCCCCCAUGUCACUUUACGGAGCUAUACCUCUACUUCACGCUGUCUCGAAGUCUCACGCGGUGGGCGUUCUAAAUCUCAUCGCGUCCGACACAUGGGUCGACGUCUUACAUACUAAAGCUGGAGUACAAACUCACUGGAUGUCCGAAUCAGGUAUUUUGGAUUUAUUCAUUCUCCCGGGUCCUACUCCAGAUGCUCUAUUCGAACAAUAUGCAGCUCUGACAGGUCCCACGCCUCUCCCUCCUCAGUGGUCGAUAGGGUAUCAUCAAUGUCGCUGGAAUUACAACGACGAGCCCGAUGUCCUUGGUGUGCAGGCUGGAUUUGACGAAGCCGACAUGCCUCUAGAUGUGACAUGGUUAGAUAUCGAGUAUGCGGAGGAACACCGGUAUUUCGACUGGGACCCCAAACACUUUCCCGAUCCAGUCCGGAUGCUAGAUGCCGUGGCGGAGAAAGGGAGGAAGAUGGUAGCUAUUGUCGAUCCGCACAUCAAAAAGACUGACUCUUUCAGGAUAUAUUCAGAUGCGAAAGAGCUUGAUAUUUUAGUCAAAAAGAGUGAUGGGAGUAAUUUUGAGGGCUGGUGUUGGACAGGAAGUAGCGUUUGGGUGGAUUUCUUCAAUCCCAAGAGCUGGGAUUGGUGGAUGAAGAUGUUCGGAUUCAGCGUGUGGAAGGAGUCAAGCCCUGCUCUGUUCAUUUGGAACGAUAUGAAUGAACCUAGUGUAUUUGACGGACCGGAGAUUUCAGUGCCGAGGGAUACUUUGUUUCAUGGAGGAUGGGAGAACAGGGAUUUGCAUAAUAUCAAUGGUAUGAUGUUUCACCGAGCGACUGCCGAGGCACUAAUCGCACGUGAAUCACCUGCUAAGCGUCCUUUCGUACUCUCCAGAUCUUUCUUCGCUGGCUCUCAGCGUUAUGGUGCUAUCUGGACCGGGGAUAACAUGGGCACUUGGGACCAUUUCGCAGGUGAAACAGCAAUGAUACUUUCUAACAACAUCGCAGGCAUGUCUUUCUGCGGUGCAGAUGUCGGAGGUUUUUUCGGUAAUCCUACACCUGAACUGCUGGUUCGAUGGUAUCAAGCAGGAGCUUUCAUGCCUUUCUUCCGCGCCCACGCUCAUAUCGAUACGAAACGCCGUGAGCCGUAUUUGUAUGAAGAGCCCAUCAGGGGAUAUCUACGAGAUGUUUUACGAAUGAGAUAUAAGUUGUUACCUGUGUGGUAUAACGCUUUUCAUGAGGCUAUUAUAAGGGGAUCUCCAAUCAUCAAACCUCAGUACGCGGUAUUCCCUCACGAUGAAGCCGGCUUCGCCAUCGAUGAUCAAUAUUACAUUGGUUCCUCUGGACUACUUUUCAAACCCAUUACCGUCGAAGGUGCCACAACCACUACCGUCUACCUAUCCGCUCCGGAGCCUUACUACAAUUAUCACACUUCUUACCUCUACCCUUCGUCCUCUUCUCCUCGUCGAAUCACCCUCAGUACUCCUCUGGAAACUUACCCUCUGUUAGUACAAGGCGGUCAUAUAGUUCCCACUAGGGAAAGAGUUCGUCGGGCAUCUAGUUUGAUGUGGCAAGAUCCAUUCACUCUCCUCAUAGCACUUGACAAAGAGGGAAAAGCGACGGGAGAACUUUACCUCGACGAUGGGGUGGGGUACGAUUAUCAAUCAGGGGAUUACGUGUGGCGUAAAUUUGAAUACGUGUCACAUGGGAAGUCAGGGAGUUUGAAGUCUACAAGACAUGAAGGGUAUGCUACAAGCCCUCUAUCUACAACAUCUCCUGUGAAGUCAGAAGGGAAAGGAGAUGUGAAGGUUUACCAGGAAAACAAUAAAUGGGCUCAGGCUAUAAGUCAUGUACGUGUGGAAAGGAUCAUCGUUCUAGGUCUCAAGACGGCACCGAAGAUGGUGAGAAGUUCAGAGAGUACAUUGGAAUUCACGUGGGAAGACGGUGUGGCGGCAGGAGGGAAGAAAGAAGGGCGUGCGAGUAGGUUAGUGAUUAAGAAUCCGGGAGUGGGAGUGGUCAACGAUUGGGUGAUUGUCUUCGAAUGAUUCAUCUUAAUCAGGGGAGGUUGUUGUCUUCACCGUUUUUCAAUGGUGACAAAUCGUUAAGGGGAAUUGUGUCAAUUAUCAAGGUAUGAAGAAGACCUCUCUGUGAAGAUCACUGAGUGGAUGAGAUAGAUUAGGAAGGAUCAUGAAAUGGAGAUGUGACGUGAGAAGUGCGAUCAUGUGUAUAUGAUAACCCAAUGCAUAGCAUGGAAUGCACUUUCAUUCUGU